GGGAAAGCUCCACCACAGGAGGAGGAGAACACACCGGUCUGCAGUCCAGUCUGCAGCCGACACACGGGCCACCUGCCCCGGACAGACCACCGGACACACACCGCUGAGAAUUACUAUUCCUGGAGGAUCUUUUUAUGUCAUUUUAAACCUUUUGACUGGGAGAUUCUAAGUUUAAUCAACAGAUUUUUUUCGGAUUCAUGCACAUUUUGGAAGAGGGAUAAAUAUUUGAGAGGUCUGCUGGAGGGAAAAUAUUGCUGCUUUAUUUUUUCAGAUCCAGUUUUCUUGGAGGAGACUCACCUGAGGCUUUAUCAACAUCAACUGGAUCAAACAGAAAAUCCCUCCAAGACUCGUGUAAUGAUCCUGAAGGACCGUGUAACUCCCCAAAAGAGUCUUUAAAAUACUUUCAAAUCACUCAAACUGGCAACCUGAAAAUAACCCUGAACGCCUCUGAGGACCAAAAACGAUCGUUAUUGAUGGAUAUGACAGCUCAUAUUUCAGACUGAUUUCACCCUCUGUUUUCUGUUCUUUUAUUCUUCCAGCUUUCAUAUCAAAUAAAAAUCGUGGGGAAGUUUAUCAAAAACAACAGGUAGCUUCAUUUUCAACUUUUUUUACGCACCUCCACACUCGGGCAGAGACGGUCAGCUCUCCCCGCCCUCCGUGCACCAUGAAGCGGCCAUGUGAGGAGAGCAGCUCCGAGGAGAGCGACGUGGAGGAGACCAUCGAUGUGGGCAGAGAGAGCGUUUAUCCCGGGUGAGUCCACAGCAAAAAUAUGUUUAUUACUUUAUCAGACACCCUAAUGGAAAGCUUCAAUAAAUUUUAAAUCGAUGAAAUUGAAAUAAAUACAAGAAAUAGGCCAAGAGCAGGCCAGGCAGGCUCCUUGUGUUACAUUUCAGACAUGUGAAGAUUGUUAAAACUCCAUUUUCUGCAUCUUAAGGCUUAAAAUUAGUUUUUGCAUUUUUUUUUUUACUAUCCAAAAAGAUCUACAAAAGCACAUAUAUCAUAAUGCAUUCAUUGUCAACAAGUCAGAUAUAAAGUUUUACCUCCUAUCUCUGAACAAAGCAUUAUUAUUAUUACUCUGGUUUAUUGUUGUGCAGAGAGAGAUCUGUGGAAAAAGCUCUUAAGAGCACUUAAUGUUUAGUUAUUGCACAAUAUUAGACAUGUUUGAAUCUGACUAUUACUGUGCAUAAAGAAUAGCCUACCUAUGUGAGGCUUUACAGCUAACCAAGUAAUUACUUAAAUUACCCUUAAAAUACACUAUUUCUUCUGUUUCAAACAUCCAUCUUUAUUUAAUGCCAUGCAAAAUAUGAAAUAACCUCAAUUAUCUGCACUUUACUGUAAAAUCUCUAUAUCUGUCAGGUGAAAGUAUAUAUUUAGUCUGAAAAGACAUUUUUGUUUGAAAUAAGACUAAACUGUUUGUAGUGUGUAGAUAAAAAAGUUUAGAUGCUGCAGACUCUCAACACACAGCAUGCUUUAAAAUUGUAUGUAUUACUGGGUACAUUAACAUGUUUUUGGUCUUUAAAGUAACCUCAGAUUUCAAAUACUGUGUUGGAGUUAAAGUCAGGGUUUGUGUGUGGACAAAAAACACAAAAAAAAAUCAUGAAAAAUUGCCUCACAAAUACCUGUAUAACAGAGUAUAUUAUAAAAACACUUCAGAGAAUUGCAGCUGGAAACAUCUGUGACAUCUAGAUGCUCAAAAACACCUAAAACCAGAAGAAUUUCAGUAUUUGUGUACAAAUAUAGAUUUGUUUAUUAUGUCAGGAUUAUUUUUGGAAAAGAAAGCCUCAAAUCUCUCUGAAAAUGAUCAGUUCUGCAGAAUUUUAUGUUUGAGAAGUUGAAUCUGAGUUGUAAUUUGUUUUUUCAGGCACAUGAAGACGUCCUUUAUAAGGUGUGGAUCACCGACGACAACGACUCAAGUGAUGGCGAGGAAAAAGCGCAGAGGGGUGGGUUAACGUUUGGGUUUAUAAAGAUGAUUGGUGGACUAAUUAAAGAUAGUCAGGUUUUAUAUUUUUUUGUUUUUUAAUUUUUCAGAUUAUCGAGAAGAGACGCAGAGACAGAAUCAACAACAGUCUGUCUGAGUUACGGAGGCUCGUCCCCACGGCAUACGAGAAGCAGGUGAGAAUCUUUGACUUUUAAACUCACCUACGACUUUAUAAACUGAGUUGAUGAAAAGACACCACACUUAAGAGGCGUGCACAUCCUAGAGAGGAAAAUACUCAACAUAAAUAGUCAAAAUAUUAAGAAUAUUUCUUCUGUGUAGUUCAGUUAUUGCUCCAUUCAAACCUGAGUUCUACAAAAAAGUCUCUUCAAAAUUAAUUCCCCAAAUCUUCUGAGCUUUGACCUAUUAAGCCAUCAAAUGUUCUGGAGAAAAGUAGGACACUGGUGUGUGUUUGCAGAUUACACUGCAAAAAAACAAGGAAGAUAAAUGUCUCAGUCACAGUCUGAACUACAAAAAUCUGCAGCAUCUGCAUCUAAUGUACCAAAAACGAAGAGAAUCAAAGUUUCUAACUGCUUUUUACAAUUCUGUGUCAUAGCUGUGCUCAAACUCAUCCCACACCCUAAACGAGUGGUUUUGAGAACUGGAGCGGAUGCAGAUGUGCUGAAAACUGCAGUCCCCCGAGUGUCCACUUGAGGCUGUCUGCAGAGGCAUGAGAAACCACAUACACACUCAAUUUGUGUUUCCCUUCCUCUCAGGGUUCAGCCAAACUGGAGAAAGCUGAGAUCCUGCAGAUGACUGUGGAUCACCUGAAGGUCCUGCAGGCCACAGGUGGGAAAGGUAAAUCUGGUCUAUCUCACUAAAAAUCUUCUGCUGAACGUGAAGAUAAAGUUCAUGCUCUUUUUUUUUACGUUCAUUAUUUCCUUACCUUGAGUUCAGCCCAGACACUUGCACUAAAACACUGUGAUGCAUGUAUCGCCCUUAUUCACACCGAUUUACAGCAGACUGUGAGCCAAAGGGUUUAGCACCCUGCGCAGGCAAGUGACCCUCAGAUUAACGACCCACCUGUGCUACCUGCUGAGCCACAGCUGCACCUGAAAGAGUCUGAAUGUGUUCCUCAUUUAAAGGAAUAUUCCAACGUAAAAUUAAGUUAGGGUCAAACACACCGUAACACUGAGUUAGACACCUUGUCGAGAGAUUAAUGUUGCCGACCGCUCGCUUCUCUUGUUAGGAAAAAAAAAAAAAACCCUGCUUAUCUUGCUUUUACUCUUUUAAUGAGAUUUUUCUCGUUUUUUUUUUUAAACCGCUAACCUGUUUUUAUAUUCUUUUACUGUGAAAUUUCUCUGCUUUUAAGAUGUAGCCCUUUGAGGUCACUUGAUGUAAAGGGCAGUACAAAUAAAAUGUAUUUUAUUAUUAUUAUACAAACUUUAGUAACGAUCAUACAAUAGCAAUACACAGCGGUCCCAGGAGCCACACACUCAAGCAAAACGCCACUCUAUAGCCACAAAUAAUGCUCAGAACAGCACUUAACUUCAUCAACAGUACAUAUAGGGUCCCAGCCACAGAACUACCCCCCAAACAUCUUUUUAGCAUGCUCAAGGAAGAACAUUUAUGAUCAUUUCUUCAUGAAAAUGCAAUCAGACCAAGACGCUAAGGCAGAAAAACUACAGCGUCUGCAGUGCAAAAUGAUUAAUAUGGUGAUUUUUACUUCAAGGAAAUGAUAAAGUAAUGAUCAUAAAUGUUCUUCCUUGAGCUGCGUCACCCCGCCGCGGUAUUAGACUCGCCUGAGCUCUCCGUACAAACAAGUGGCUGCUGGAAGAGAGUGGGUGAGUUGUGUUUGGUCUCUCUGCUAAAGAAAUUAGGCAAAGCUAAAAAGAUGUUGUGCUGUUCUGAGUAUUAUUCAUGGCUAUAGAGUGGCGUUUUGGUUGAGUGCGUGGCUCCUGGGUCCGCUGUGUAUUGCUAUUGGGAGGUCAAUACUUAAGUUGGUAUAACUAGAGAAGGAAGCGGUCUGCAACAUUAGUCUCUCGACGGGGUGUCUAACUCAGUGUUAUGGUGUGUUUGACCCUAACUAAAUUUUAUGCCACAAUAUCCCUUUAAGCUACAUGCUUGUAGAAAGUGUGUUGUAUAGGGAAGGGUAAAAAUGAUGCACCUUAUUAUUGGUCUCUUUGCAGUCGGCCUCUAUGUUAAAUUUUUAGUUGUUUUUUUAACCCUGAGUACUUUUUAAAGCUUAUGUGAAGAGGUGUACUUUGUAUUGGAACAGGUUUAGGCCAUUAUUGAUUCACUAGGUGGUGCUGUUGCAAACAACGUUGUCUUAAACUUGUGGUCUUGAAUCUGCAGUCCCUUGGAUCUGCAGACACAUGGCUCUGGCACUUUGAUUUUGAAGUCUGGGUUUGCAGUUGUUUUCUGAUUUUGUGCAGUUUUAUUUUGCAUUGUUUGCAGCAUUUGAUUUUGAAGUUGCAUCGUUUUCGCAUUUGCAGCAAGAUUCCCCCGGUGGACAUCUUUCUGGUUGUUGCAGAUUGUCACAUUUAACUGAUUUAUUUUUAUGAGUUAGAGUCAGUUUUGUUCAUCAGAGUGUUGGUGUGUGUGUGUCAGUCAAACAGCCUGUCAAUCAGUUUUACUGUUGAAAGAAGUAUGUGUGUGUGAGUGUGUGUGUGUGAGUGACAGAGGGAGGCGGUGAGUCCAUGGGAAAGCACUGCAGGGAUAAAAGCACCACUUGACCCUGAGCAGCGCUGUUUGCUUUCAUAGAGCCGGCGGGAGGUGGGGGUGUAAUGGGGGAGAAGGGUGAGUCCCGGUUGCGUUCACAGGCCGUCUCUCAGCAGCGUUUGUUUGGGUUUUCAGGCAGUGUGUGAAGUCGGACAGAGUAAACUCAGAGUCAGCUGAUCGCUGCAGAAAACAUCCACGUCACAGUUUCACAUGGAAAAGUUUCCUGUGGAUGUUUCAGAGCUGGAAAUUAUGUAAGAUUUGUAAAAUUUUUAAAUGUACUCUGCUCUUUGAUGCGCUUUUUUAGAGUUCAAUGUUUAAACACAGACAUGUUUAUAUUUGAUAUAUUUACUGAAAAAAGGACAAGACUUUUGAUUUCUCUGAAAUGAAAUCUACACAAACUUGAUUUACUGGUUAUUGUAAAAACUAUAUUCAUUAAAAUAACUUUUGCAUGGUCCAUUUACAAACAUUUAUCCUCACAUUAGCAGUAAAAUCAAGUGUUAUCCAUCUUUUUUUUGAUGUGCUGGGUUACUCGCAUACCUGGAUGACUUUUUUUCUAUGGUGGUGUACCCCAAGGCUCCAUUUCUGGCCCCUUUCAAUUUCUAUAUACAUGCUGCUUCUCAGUCAGGUUAUUUUAAACUGUGAUAUCUCAACAGUUUUAAUGCUGAUACAUCACAGUUAUGUAUGAUUGAAAAUCUAACAGGUUAAAGCAGCAGAGCAUGUCUAGGGUUGGGUAUCGUUUGAUUUUGAACAAUUCCGGUGCCGAUUCUGAUUGUGAUUCCUCAAUUCGAUUCCGGUUCCUAACGAUUCUCUCCUCUGAUUCUUUAAAUGAGGGUGCUAACCAGAGUUCUUCUUUUUGGAUGAAAUUUUUUUAACUUUUUAAAAACUAUAAAUUUCUCACAGGGCUAUUUUCAACCAGUAUAUAAAUAUCAGGUUUUGUUGUCAGGUCGUUUGUCUAUGAAAAAGUACAAGGGCUAACGUUAGUUGGAUAUUUAAGUUGACCCACCGUACACAGUACAAUUUGUUUGCCACUUCAAAGUUAGCAGAAGACAGAAGUAAUUUUAUUUUUCUUCCUGCUAAAGUUAGCCAAACUUUUGACUGCAGCCGCUCUGGGUUGCAAUGCACUCUCUCUCCUUCUGUCUCUCUUCUCUCUCUAUGUGGCUUCGUCCUCCUUGGUGUUCGGCGGCCUCUUCUUCGUUGGUGUUUAGCGGCGUCUUCUUUGUAAGCAUUCGGGGGCUAUUUCUUCCGGUCGGCGGACUCCGGCAUCGAAACUUGGAAUUGAAAUUUUAAAAUGUGAACGAUUCCGGGAGAAUCGAAAUGUUAGUCCAGGUCCCCAUCGAUGCUCGAGACUCCAUGCCCAACCCUAUGCAUGUCUAUUUCAAAUGUCAGAAUAUAACUACCUUCUCUCUUUCUCUCUCUCUCUCUCUCUCUCUCUCCCUCUCUCCCUCUUUCUCUUUCUGUCGCUCACUCUCUGCAGGUUAUUUUGAUGCCCACGCUCUGGCUCUGGACUUCCUCUCUCUGGGUUUCAGGGAGUGCGUGACAGAGGUUUCCCGUUACCUGAGCGCCGUGGAGGGCCUGGACUCCAGCGACCCUCUUCGUUCUCGCCUCCUCUCCCACCUCUCGUCCUGCGCUUCGCAGCGUGACGCCGCCGCCCUCACUGUGACCUCAUCACAUCCUCACUUCCAGCAGCCUCACCCCUUACCUCAUCCUUUUCACCCCCACCACUGGGCUGCUGCCGUCGCCACUGCGGCUGCAUUUCGGCCUGCCGCGGCGCCGUACGGAUUGAGCGGGAUUCCAGUUUCUCCUGACGCUGCAGGAGGAGGUGGAGCCCCGCAGAGGCUGGCAGAGUUGUCACAGCGUGGUGUUACCUCCUAUGCUGACUCCACCUCUUCUAACUCUCCUUCCUCCUCCUCCUCCUCUUCCACAUCCCUUGUCUUCCCCUGCGCUCCCACUCCUCUCUCCUCCUCCCUCCUUUCCUUCUCAGCAUCCUUUCCCAUUACCCUUCACUCAGGUUUUCCCCUCCUCCCCCCUUGCUCCUUCACUUCUUCCACAGCCACCAGCAGUCCUCCCGUCUCCUCCUCCUCCUCUUCCUCACAGACUCCUCUGAGCAGCAGUAAACCAUACAGGCCGUGGGGGACUGAGGUCGGAGCUUUCUGACCAAUUUUGCUGCAGACUAACCUUUGACCUUUUGACAAACUGACUCCUUUAACAGCCUGAGAAUCUCUAACCAGCAGCGAACUGAUGACAGGAAAUCUGAACUCUAUUUUGUAUAAAAACAUCGAGUCUGUUCUUGGUCUCUAUGGGAAAAACAGUCUGUAUGGAGAGUAGACUACUAUCCAGUGUAGUGCCAUCUGUUCCUGCAGGUUCAUAUCACUGUCAGACAUUAGCAGGUGAGCUUUGAACUUCAUGCAGACCAAAAAAUGUUAACAAAGUGUAAUUAACUCAUUCACAUCAGUUGUUUUUCAGCGUAGGUCUCUUAUAGCUUCUGUGUCUCUUCUGAUUCACUCGACUGUUUUAAUAAGAAAACAAACAAUGAGUGUUGUAACCGAUGGUUCCUGUGUUUUUAUUACACCAGGAGGGAUAUAUGUGAUAGUUUUUCUGUUCUUGACAGAGUAUCAAGAGAUGGUCUAACACAUUGAUUUGAGUCUUUUCUUUGGAUAUUUUUGAUAACAAGAAGAGGAAUUACACCAGAUAUCACUUUUAAAAAUUAUCACUGUGACAAAAACACCAAAGAUCUGCAAAACAAUAAAAUCUCAGAUGUUAUUUUGAUCACGCUGAACCCAGCCCCUCUUUUCUGUUUUCAGUCCUGUCGGUGUUAACUGUAUCUGAACAUGAGUGCCUUUUUACAAAUAAAGAUGUAGUUACAUCUCUGCAGUCACGGACAGCUCAGUUGUUAGUGUUUUUUGUGCAGUGUGGACUAUUUCUAUGUGAAGAAAACAGCUUCAACACCUGAAAUGUAAAAUUAUUUCCAAAUUAUCUCCGACUCCUUUUAAGGUCCUUUAAAACUGAAGUGACAGAGAGACUUGCAUCACAGUUUAGAGCAGGCUGCACAUUUGGAAAUGAGAGAUGGUGAGUUGGAGUGCAGUGAGAGUGUAGCGUGUAAAGUUGACCUUACAAAAUACAGGAUCAUAUCUGUAAGAAUACAAUUAUGAUCUUUUGCUGAAAUAACAGUAGGGGAGAGUGGGGUAAGAUGAGCCAUUUUUUCACAUUUCGGAUCACUACAUCAAGGCAAUCAUAGUUUUGUCUCUAACUAGUUUAUCUGCAUAUAUUUCAAGAUGUUGUGCAUCCCUGCAAACCAACAGAAUGAGUGUAAAUAUAAAUGUCUUGAUAAUAUAGCAUGCUAAAAAAGUGGUCUCCUAUGGUCAACUUACCCUAUGUAUGGGGUAAGUUGACCAUAGGAGCGGGAUAAGAUGAGCCGUAUCUUUCCCACUCUCCACCCCAGCCCUCCCUCACCUUCUCUCUCCCUAAAUAACAGUCACCUCUUCACAUUCAUGUGUAUUUUUAUCUAUUAUACGCUAUUCAACUGGGACAAUAAUUUUUAUUAUUAUUAUUGCAUAUAACUUCUAAAAAGCUGUUUUAUAAAAAGUCAUUUUAACACGAGAAUGCCUUUAAGUGAUUCAGAACAUUCACAGCUGUAUUUUAGAAAAGAAAAAGUAACACAUUUUAACAAUCUGAACUGAAACUCUGAUCCUGUCAUCAGACUCCUUUACUUUCUCAGUUGAACCACUGGCUCAACUUACCCAAGAACUACUAUGAUGACUUUAUUAGUCCUCUAAGCUAAAAUGGUGGAUUUUUAUGCCAGAUUUUUGACCUCAUGUUGUAGCUCAUAGAUAUCACAAUUGUUGUAUAAAACAAAUUUAAAAUAAUCUUUUUUGGUCUGAACACAAUUCUAAUAAAAUUUAUGACAGACUAAUUCACUUUCAAGAGUGAACAAAUGUUUUUUUGUUAAACAAAUGUCUAACCCCUUCACCCAUGUGCUUCUAACCCUCACAGACUCCAUGAAUUGAUGCCCAUCUCCUAAAUAUUUGGUCACAUGAUCAAUUAAUUUGACCAUUUUCAAGUAACAGUGGGUGGCUCAACUUAUGCUUUGGCUCAACUUACCCCACUCUCCCCUAAGUGUCUUUCUUCAAACUGUUGCAUCAGUGAGUAACAGCAGCCAACACUUUAAUAUUGGAAUAAAAUCACACACACACACACACACACACACACACACACACACACACACACACACACACACACACACACACACUCCUGUUAAUCCACCACUCCUCUGCUUCGUCUUGCUUCUGCUGAUUUACACUCUGAAAUCUGCGCUGCAGCCGUUAAAUUGUGCAGAGAAGAAACCGGCGUCACUUCCAGCUGAAUGGAGGAUUAACGGCUGACAGGCCUGGGAACCAUCCGCGGGCCCUAAAUCCGCUCCGGUCAGCCGACACGGUUCUCACGCCGGGACGCCGCUUUGAAGUGAGCGGCGGUAAAUUAGGUGACAUGAAGCGGUCAGCACACACACACACACACACACACACACACACACACACACACACACACACGCACACACACACACACACACACACACACACACACACACACACACACACACACACUCGAGCUAAACUUUACUGUGUGAGGAACUUCUGUGUAACAGGCAGUAAAAUGACACAGAGUUAAAGUUAGAGUGGGCGAUGACAUUAAGCCAUAAAUUAAUGUGAUUGACCUUCGAGUGGAAAAUCAAUCUGUAGGUUUACACGCACAGUUAAAUUGCCUAUGGUUUUAGCUGGAUUAGGCCAUCUAACUGUUCAUGUCUACUGAUCAUGUCACAGUCUGCAUGUACAGAGGAAAAAAAACAAAAACAUUUUUUUUUUUUUGUCAGAAGCAUGUCCACCUCAGCUCCAGCAGGGGGCGACAAGCCCUCUUUUAUUUCAUUACUGUGUCUCCUGGUCAAAACAAUCAACAAAAAUCAUUAAGAAGAGGAAAGAGAAAAGUCACUCCCAGUCCAAGCCCAGAGUUAAAGGGAUACCCUGGCGUAAAACUAAGUUAGGGUCAAACACACCAUAACAUCGAGUCAGACACCCAGUCAAUAGAUGAAUGUUGCCGACCGCUUGCUUCUCUAGUUAUACCGAACUUAAGUAACGACCACAGGAUAGCAAUACACAGCGGUCCCAGGAGCCAGGUGCUCAAACAAAACGCCACUCUA